UCCACUAAAGUAGAGGAAAGUAAUCACUUGUAUUUGUCUACUUGUCUUGUGAACAGUGCAAUUGCAAUUUUUUUUUUACAAGUGUAAAAAUUAUUAAAAAACCAAUUCAAUAACUAUGACUAGCCAAACCCAAGGUAUCCAACAAUUGUUGGCCGCUGAGAAAAAGGCUGCCGAAAAAGUUGCAGAAGCAAGAAAACGCAAGGCAAGAAGAUUGAAGCAAGCCAAGGAUGAAGCUACCGAGGAAAUUGAGAAAUACCGUCAAGAAAGGGAACGUCAAUUCAAGGAAUUUGAAGCCAAGCACAUGGGUUCCCGCGAAGGUGUAGCUGCCAAAAUUGAAGCUGAUACUCGUAUUAAAUUGGAUGAUAUGAACCGUGCCAUUGCCUCCCGCAAGGAGCCAGUUAUUCAAGAAAUCUUGCAAUACGUCUACAAUAUCACUCCCGAAAUCCACAAAAACUAUCACCACAAAAAGUAAAUCAAUUUAAACACACAAAUUAUUAACAUCAGCUCUUGUUUAAAAAAAUCUUUGUUUUGUUGUAUAAAAAGCCUCAAAAUUCACACAAAAAUUUAUCUUUUUUUUCGUUUUUAUUUCAUUAUAAUGCAAAAAAAAUGUAAAUGCUUACAAAGCCUUUUCAAGGCUUUAAAUUCAAAAAAGAUAAACAGAGAAAAAAAGAAAAUUGUUUGCAAAAAAUUCCAUGUUUUAAAUCUAAAUAUUUAAAGAAUUAAAUUUCGGUUUAAGUUAAGAGAAAGACCCCAAUUUCUUUUAAAAAUAAAAUGUAUUUUUUAGUUCAUGUAAUAUUUAAACGUAUUAUUGUUGUUGUUGUCUUAAAAUUAAAACAAAAAAACAUCCAGCUUUUAGGAGAAAUAAUGAAUCAAUAAAAAAAGUGAAAUUCACUUAUUAAAUAUACAUACUACUAAUAUACAUAUAUAUAAACAAAAUAUUCUAAAAACCAUUUUAAGUUUUAAUCAGUUGUAUUAUAUUAGAAGUCUUAUUCAUAAAUCUACUACAUAAUAAAGUUUCUCUUAAAAGAA